AUGGAGAUGGCAAAUACUUUCAAAUUCAGUGGCUGGGUUCAGGAUCCCACUCUUCCUCAGACAUGGCACUGGGAAACAAGCACGCAUGGCCCAAGAGCCCUUAGUGCGUGGAGACAACAGGGUCCCAUCGAAAUCCUUACCAAGGUCUUCCUCAGCCAUAAGCAAAGCAGGCUGGGGAACAUCCCGAUUCUGAUCCUGCAGUGCUGGAAAGAGGAUGUGGUCUGACCCAUAGAGCAUGUCCUGAACGGGAAAGAGCACGAGCCAGAUGCUGGAGACGUGGUGGGCCUGUCUGGAUCUGGACGUGGUGCCUUGCAGAGAGCCUGCGGCUUUAGCUCAGCUGGGUCGGGUGUUGAACUGCUUGGGAGCAAGUUAGCUUUUUCCCACUUUCAAACCAGCUUGAACUCACUCGGCGCUGGAACAGACCUCUGCAGCUCAGCGUCUCGGGUGGGGAUCAGCCCUCUGCGACUGGCGUGUUCCCCUGGAGGAGGGGACACACACUCUCUGGGUGUGUGUCUCCCUGCUUCACCUCUGGCCUUCAUCCCCUUCUGCCUUUCCACCGAGGUGUGGACUGCUCAUUUCCUGCAGUAGUCAAGGAUGCUCUCUGCCUUCCCAAUGCAGGGCUGGUCACCUGCAGUGGAAUUUGUUUGAGGCCCAGUCAAGAAAACUGGCAGUGCCCUGUGCAUAGCCCCAUGCGCAGUGCAUAAUGCAGAUGUGCCGGCUUGUUAGUACGUGAUCUGGCAUAGCUGGCCUCAAAGAGCUUUGCUGUGAUGGGUAGAAUAGUAGUUUAAAUUCAACAACAUUUUUAGUUAUUUUCGGUAAUUAUUUUCAUGUGGAAGAAUGUCUUGAAAAACUGAAAUUUUUGCCUGGGAAGAAAAAUAUAAUUUUAGGUAGGUGUUUUUUUAUCCUGAUACCUGCUGUGAGGAGCUUCUCUGUAAAUCAGCACUGACUUUUAAAGCAGAGACAUAAUAAAUCUCCGUGUAGCUUUUAGGACAUCUCUAGAAACUUUUGAAUAUGAAACAAAUGAAUACUUUUCUAUGAACAGAAACAGAGAACUGAGGUUCUAAGCAAAAUCCAAUGAAUUAAAACACCUGAUUUGCCUUUCCCUUUUAAAAAUACUCAAUAAUAAAAUUUAUUUACCUCAUUGUGUUUCAUUUUUGGUAAUACAUGGUAAGACAAAGACUUAGAAAACAAGUUCCUGUAAUUUGGUUUGUGAAUCUGUAGCCUGUCAGUGAGAUGAACAGCCUAAUUUUCCAGGGCUCUCAGUGCAGUGGCAAGAAGCUGCUGAUUUUUCAGUGUUUUAUGCCAAUUAUAUGCUUCUUGGAAUACGUAUUUCAGUCUCAUUCUGCAGAUACUCUUGUUCUCCUAAAUAUUCUGUCCAUCCUUCAUUAUAUACAUUGAGCAUUU